GAAAUCACUCAGGCACAUCCUCUCUCACCUCUCACCAAGGCCAGACAAAGCCAAAGUGGCCCAGUUAAGGGCACAGGAUCUACAGGCAGACAGGCAGCAGAUUCAAGGACAGCCCUCACUUCAGUUGGGGAAAUCAUAUGAAGGCCAAGCUGCACAUCUGCUACAUAUAUUCAGGGGCUCUAGGUCCAGCCCAUAUUCACUCUUUGGUUGGUGGUUCAGUCUCUGGUAACCCCAAGGGUUCAGGUUAGUUGACUCUAUUGGUCUUCCUGUGGUGCCCCUGUCCUCUUUGGGCUGAAACCCUUUGGGAUGUAUUAGGGGACCAUUAGCUGCCACUAACCCAGAAGCUGAGAAUAUCAUCUGAGAGCCUCUAAGGUCCAUACAUAGCAAGGGUUUCCUGAUUUUAUUAUAACUUGCCCACCUGAUGCUUCCACACAUGUAUUUGAAAAGUGUUUGUAACAUUCCUUGUUACUACAAGAACUUUCACUGUUGGAUGAUGGAAUGUUGGGUAACCUGGAUUUGGUCAUUCAUAUUUGACUCCAUAAUAAACUACCUCUUGUCCCCUUUGAGGGGAGUAACCCUAUGAAAUAUACCUUGGGCUUAUCAAUAAACUUCCUAGUUUGGGGGAGUCAUUCUCAACUUGGUAAUGUUUUCAUGCUUAGUAGUGGAAGUGCCCAUUGUUUAUCUGCAGGAGGAAAGUGUGCGGCUGAGAAAGACAGUUAUUAGUGGUGAGUAGGGACCACUUAUGACUAGGAUGGCAAGACCUGCAUGCCCCCUACUGUUGUUUACUUUUUCCUUAAGGCACAAGGGACUGAACUCAGCAGCAUCAGACAUGCAAGGCAAGUGUCUCGGUCCCCUUUUAGUUCGAGACAGUGUUUCACUAAAUCGCAGAGGCUGACCUUGAACUACAGUUCUCCUGAGUAGUUGAGAUACUGUGAUGACAGGUCUACACCUCUAGGCCCAGCUGACCCUACUAUUUAUGAGAAUUGCCAUUUACCCAAUUGAAUCGGAAAAGAAUCCCUUUUUCUCUGAAGUUCAGCGAUGCCGAAUUGCCUUGCAUUUCUUGGCCUCAUUCUUUCUUGAGUAGAGCUCACAAUUUGGCUAACCCUUGAUCCCGAGAUUGAUAUAGUUCUGAUAAAUUGACAGACCCCCAACCCCAGUUUGCACACGCCUCCUAACCCUUGAUGUAAGUGUAUCACUUACCAUCUCUGAGUCAAGCACUUUCGAUUUCAAGGUGUCAUGGUUAAAAGAGCACUAACUUUAAUACCCAGAGAGUAUUUGGUCCAUUUUCCAAUUCGAAUACCUAACUAGGGAAUGGAUACCUACUACUUGCCUCAAACGAUUAUUAAUAGGCUCAGGUGACGUAAUGAUAUAAAGACCUUGGUCACCUGCAAAGGACUGCCAGCCAGCAGGUGUGCCUACCUAUUCAAACUGCAGGGGAGUGCACAGAUGCAGAGUGCUUGAGCUGCAGAGGCUCUGCAGACAAGAAGAAGCCUGCUUUUUUUUUUUAAGAUGAGAAAGAUCAACAAUAAAAGACGAUAGAUGACAAAUGACUUUAUUGGAGGAUUGAAACCAAUACCCAGCUGCUUUUGAAUGGUAGCAGUUUUUGUUGGCUUUGUAUUUGGUUUGGGGUUUUUGUUGGUUUUGGUUGGGGAGUGGGGGUGGAUAUGCUGUUUCCCCACCUCCACUGGAACUUUGUUCCUUGGUUAGACUACUUUUGUGCCUGACGUGGUGGCUCAUGCCUGUGACAAAGUCAGCAGCAGCAGCGAGAGAGACGAAACGCCACAGUUAAUUCAGGCCAUCUAUUUCCAGAUGAGCCAGUGUGAAACAGGAUCCUGUCCUAUGCUGCCAUCUGAGUUUGUUGGUAAUACUCUGCCGUUUGAAUGGAAUCCAUUGGCAUGAAAGCCAGGCCAGAUGUGUUGAUAAUACUCUGCUGUUUCAAAUGAAAUCCAAUGGGAAAGUUUUCCCCUCCCAUACUCUCCCACCUCACUCAAACACUCAGAAGAAAUAGGGAAAAGCAAGGCCAGUCCUUCUAAGUAAAUGUCAGAGCCAUAAAGUAUAUUUAUUUCCACCCCUCCUCUUAUCCUUUAUGAGUACUCAAUCUUAGGCAGCCUCACAUGGUUGCUAUAGAGACAGUGACAUCACUAGCUGCAAUUCUGAUGUCACUCCCUAGUCCCAACAAGGAGGAGGUGCAUGGAAGGCUGGGGGAGGAAACAAGAUCUUCAGCUGAGUAAGAACAUCCCAGCAUCUUCAUUGACUUUAAAAGUAUAUUCUGGAGUCUCCUGUGGUUCACUAUUCUAGAGCUUCGGAGAGUCUCUACUGACCAAUUUGGUCCCAGCAGUGGAGUUACAGAUGUGAACCACCACACCCAACUUGUUAGCCCCCUCAGGGUUGGCGUUACAGGCACCGGUGAACAGCCACGUUUACUUUUGAGUUGGGCCCUGGAGAUUCAACCUCAGGCCCUGAUACUUGUUCAGCCAGUAUUGCGCACGGAGACAUCUCCCCAGCCUCACAUUAGAAUUGUGGAGGAAUAUUUUAAGUUAGCCCUUUGUGACCACAGAAAGUGCCAUAUCUCCCAGGCUUAAGAGGUAGAAGUACCCAAAGAAGCCCAUUAGGUUCUAAUCUUCUUCUGGACUCCGGUUUCCCAGUUCGUAAGAUGGGUGUGUGGAUUAAUUGAAAGGUUCUCCAAUUUUAAGAAAGAUGAGCUGCCUGGAAUUACAAAUGGGCAGGACUUUUAUAUUCACUCUUUCAACAGAAAAUUACUAAGCACCAACUCUAAAGAUGGCGGAUAGGGUUGACUGGUUACAAAGUCAAAGUGGCGUUUGCAAAGUUGGUGUCUAUUCACCUGGAGACAACCAACACCAAGACUGGAAAAUGGAUUCAUCAACAGAUCCUGUCCGAGUGCUCAGCUGGCUCCGCAAAGACCUGGAGAAAAGUACAGCAGGGUUCCAGGACUCGAGGUUCAAGCCUGGAGAAUCAUCAUUUGGGGAGGAAGUGGCUUACCCAGGAGACCAACGAAAAGGUUUCUGCGUUGAUUAUUACAAUACCACCAACAAGGGCAAUCCAGGGAGAUUGCAUUUUGAGAUGUCUCACAAGGAGACCCCUCCCCAGGGCCUCAUUGCCCAUGUUGGUAAUGGGGGUUCCAUAGACGAAGUUUCCUUCUACGCCAACCGCCUCACAAACCUAGUGAUCGCCAUGGCCCGAAAAGAGAUCAAUGAGAAGAUUCAUGGUACUGAAAACAAAUGUGUCCACCAGUCAUUGUAUAUGGGGGAUGAUCCCACACCCCACAAAAGCUUGAGUACAGUAGCUUCUGAGCUCGUGAAUGAGACAGUCAGUGCAUGUUCCAAGAAUAUUACCGGUGACAAAGCUCCCGGCUCUGGAGACAGGGCCUUGGCGUCUUCACAGAGCCCUGGUCUAAGAUUCACAAGCACUCUGAAGAUCAAGGAGAGCACGAAGGAAGGCAAGUGUCCUGACAACAAGCCUGGUUCUAAGAAGUCCUUCUUCUACAAGGAAGUGUUUGAGUCUCGGAAUGCAGGAGAUGCCAAGGAGGGUGGGAGGUCCUUACCUGGAGAUAGAAAACUGUUCAGGUGCCCGGACAGGCCUGACGACUUUUCCAACUCUAUCAGUCAAGGGAUCAUGACCUAUGCCAACAGUGUGGUGUCUGACAUGAUGGUGUCCAUCAUGAAGACACUGAAGAUCCAGGUAAAAGACACAACCAUCGCCACUAUUCUGCUGAAGAAGGUGUUGAUGAAGCAUGCAAAAGAGGUUGUCUCCGAUCUCAUCGACUCCUUCAUGAAGAACCUCCACAGUGUCACAGGGAGUCUCAUGACUGACACAGACUUCGUCUCAGCUGUGAAGCGAAGUUUUUUUUCUCAUGGAAGCCAAAAGGCUACAGAUAUCAUGGAUGCCAUGCUGGGCAAGCUAUACAAUGUGAUGUGUGCCAAGAAAUAUCCUGAGAACAUCAGGAAAGCCAGGGACAAGUCCGAGAGUUACUCCCUUAUCUCCAUGAAAUCACGACCUGGUGACCCAAAGCUCUCAAACUUGAACUUUGCGAUGAAAUCAGAAUCAAAACUGAAAGAAAAUUUGUUUUCUGCAUGCAUAUCAGAGAAAGAGAAGACAUGCGCUGAAACUCUGGGUGAGCACAUCAUUAAGGAGGGACUGAACAUGUGGCACAAGAGUCAGCAAAAUUCUCCUGGCUUGGAGCGUGCCACAAAACAGGGCGCCGUUCCACAGGAGGUCUCCUUUGAGUGUCCGGAUCCUUGUGAGGUAAACCCUCUUCAGCAACCUCAGCCACCAGAGAACUUUGAAAAUUUUAUGUGUGAAUCAGACUCCUGGGCCAAGGACCUGAUUGUAUCUGCCCUGCUUCUGAUUCAGUACCACCUGGCACAGGGAGGAAGGAUGGAUGCUCAGAGCUUCCUGGAAGCCGCCGCCAGCACCAAUUUUCCCACCAAGUCCUCUCCUGUAGUUCAUGAUGAGGGCAAAGUUAAGUCUCCUCCCCUUAAGAUAUGUGAGCAGGAACAAACAGAAAAGAAAGAUCUGAUGAGUGUCAUCUUCAAUUUUAUCCGGAACUUACUCAGUGAGACCAUAUUCAAGGGUAGCCGUAAUUGUGAGUCCAAGGCUCACGAGCAGAUCAUUAAGGAAGAAGAGAUCAACCUAUGUGAAAGGCCUCUGUCUCCAUGUGAAAGGCCUAUGUCCCCACCUGUCCCGAAAUUCUGUGAGGAUGAGGAGGCCACUGGUGGUGCCUUAUCUGGGCUAACCAAGAUGGUCGCCAACCAGCUAGAUGGCUGUAUGAAUGGGCAGAUGGUGGAGCAUCUGAUGGACUCGGUGAUGAAGUUAUGCCUCAUUAUCGCCAAGUCCUGUGACUCGCCCUUGUCAGAGCUGGGAGACGAAAAGUGUGGGGAUGCCAGCCGGCCGAGUUCUGCCUUCCCAGAUAACUUAUAUGAGUGCUUACCAGUCAAGGGCACGGGGACAGCCGAAGCCCUCCUGCAGAACGCCUAUCUAGCCAUCCACAACGAACUGAGAGGUUUGUCAGGACAGCCACCCGAGGGCUGUGAAAUCCCCAAGGUGAUCGUCAGCAACCACAAUCUGGCUGACACUGUCCAGAACAAGCAGCUGCAAGCUGUCCUUCAGUGGGUGGCUGCCUCAGAGCUCAAUGUCCCUAUUUUGUACUUCGCUGGUGACGAUGAAGGAAUCCAGGAGAAGCUGCUUCAGCUCUCAGCCACUGCUGUGGAGAAAGGCCGAAGCGUCGGGGAGGUUCUGCAGUCGGUGCUUAGGUAUGAGAAGGAGCGACAGCUGGAUGAGGCAGUGGGAAAUGUCACGCGGCUGCAGCUGCUGGACUGGCUGAUGGCAAACCUGUGAUUGGGGCCCACCCGGUGUUCCUGCAGUGGGCCGAGUCCCUGCCCUCUCAGCCCCUCCCUGCCGCACAGAGCCCUAAAGUUCCCUCCAUACCACCCACACUAGACACGCCAUCUAAUGCUACUCACUGGAUUUUGCAGAUUUUCUUGUCCAUGCGAGCAAGGACAUAAAUUAAAAGAUUACAGUUAAAGGGCA